GUUCGUCUUGUGGUCAAUCGUGACCUUUUCGUCUAGUACUAGCCAGCAUAGCACUGCCGAGCCUAUAAGGAUGCUGUGGGUUUUUCUUCCCAAGGUGAAAAACCUUGCAUUUUUCGGUGUUAAACAUCAUCAGGUUCUCAUCUGCGCAUUUCCUGAGCCUGUCAAGGUCAGCCUGGAUGGCCCUCCUAUCCUCAGGUGUGGACGCUUUACCCCAGAGUUUGGUGUCAUCAGCAAACUUGGCCAGUCUGCUUCUGAUACCAAUGUCCACAUCAUUAAUGAAGACGUUAAAUAGUAUAGGCCCAAGGACAGAGCCUUAAGGGACCCCACUGGUCACUGUGCACCACGACAAUUGACUUACAUCAACCACCACCCUCUGGGUCCAACCACAAAGCCAGUUCCCCAGCUAGCAGAUUGUGGUGAAGCUGAGGCCACAGUUGGCCAGUUUUGCCAAGAGGUGAUAAUGGGAUACCAGAUCGAAGGCUUUUUUAAAGUUAAGAUAUAUGACAUCAAUCUCUUCUUCAUUGUCCAGGUGAUAGGUCACUUGGUUGUAAAAGGAAAUAAGAUUGGUCAAGCAAGACCUACCUGUGACAGACCUGUGCUGGCUAUACCUCAGGAUGUUGCCAUCAGCCAGUCUGUUAAGAAUGGCCUCUUUCUUUGAUAAUCUUUUCUAAGAUCUUCCCCAGAAUAGAGGUCAGGCUGAUGGACCUGUAGUUUGCCAGAUCCACUUUCCUACCCUUCUUGAAGAUAGGCACCGCACUGGCCUUCUUCUAAUCUUCAGGCACUUCACCAGAGCAGCAGGAGUUCUCGAAGAUUCGUGCCAGGGGCUGGGCUAUGAUGCUUGCCAGCUCCUUGAGUACUCUGGGGUGUAAGCUGUCGGGGCCGGCUGACUUGAAGGUGUCCAGCCUCUCAAGGUGUUCCUUCACAAGGUCAGCAUUGAUGGAGGAUCAUAUAAUAGAAAUGACUGUGAAAACAGCAACACUCUGUUUCAGAGGAAAGAACAUUUUGGCUCCAAUGGUGCGAGUUGGAACAUUACCAAUGCGUCUUUUGGCUCUCGAUUAUGGUGCUGAUAUUGUGUACUGUGAGGAGCUGAUAGACAUAAAGAUGCUGCAGUGCAAGAGGGUUGUAAAUGAUAUACUUGGCACAGUGGACUUUGUAGCUCCUAAUGAAAGAGUUGUUUUCAGGACUUGUGAAAGAGAAAGAGACAGUGUUGUCUUUCAAAUGGGAUCAGCAGAUGCUGAGAGAGCCUUGGCUGUAGCUAAGCUUGUAGAGAAUGAUGUAGCUGGCAUUGAUGUCAACAUGGGCUGCCCAAAAGAAUAUUCUACUAAGGGAGGUAUGGGAGCAGCACUGCUCUCUGAUCCUGACAAAAUUGAGUCUAUACUGAGGACCCUUGUUGAAGGAAUUAGUAAACCAGUGACCUGCAAAAUCCGAAUUUUGCCCUUGCUUGAAGACACAGUAAGUCUUGCAAAAAGGAUAGAAAAGACUGGUGUUGCUGCCAUUGCAGUCCAUGGAAGGAAGAAGGAGGAGAGGCCUCAACAUCCUGUCCACUGUGAUAUGAUUAAAGCCAUCUCUGAGGCAGUCUCUGUUCCAGUUAUAGCUAAUGGAGGAUCUCAUGACUUCAUCAAAGAAUAUACUGACAUUGAAGCCUUCCAGCAAACAACAGCGGCGUCAUCAGUAAUGAUAGCUCGAGCUGCCAUGUGGAACCCAUCUAUUUUCAGAAAAGAGGGUCUUUGCCCCUUGAAGGAAGUCAUGCAAGAAUACAUAAAAUACGCAAUGAGAUAUGAUAAUCACUACACCAACACAAAAUAUUGCCUGUGUCAAAUGUUAAGAGAACAGUUAGAAACUACCCAAGGAAAGAAGUUGCAUGCUGCACAGUCUACUCAAGAAAUCUGCCAAGUCUUUGAAAUGAAUGGUUUCUAUAAAGAAACAACAGCCAUUCUGGAAACUAAGAAGGUAUCAUUAGAAACUAAAACACAAGAUGAAGGGGAUCAGGUAGAAGACACAGAUGUAAUAAAAAUGGCUGUUCGGUUUGACAAGCGAGAGUAUCCACCACAGAUUACUCCGAAAAUGUAUCUCUUGGAGUGGUGUAGGAAAGAGAAGCACCCUCAACCUGUUUAUGAAACUGUUCAAAGACCGCUAGAUAAAUUAUUCUGUUCAGUUGUCACAGUAGCUGAGCAAAAAUACAGAUCAACUUUAUGGGACAAGUCAAAGAAGUUGGCAGAACAGGCUGCAGCUAUUGUCUGCCUAAGGACACUGGGUCUCCCAGAGGGGAAGUUGGGUGAGGGAGAAAACCACCUGAUUAAAAAACGCAAGAGGGAAGACCACAAUCUCAUGAACAACAGAGAACAUGGAGAUGAACUUAUUGAGAAUGCAUGUAAGAAAGUUCAUUUAAUUGAAGGAACUUCAGACUCCAGCACUUCUGAAAUGGCACAAUGAAAGCAGCAUGAACAACAGACAUUCCACAACUAUGCAGCUCCUGAUUCAUUCUUUGUUUGCACAGCCUGCUGUUAUAUUCUAUCUGCACUCUGUCAGAGACAGAUAAGCUGCCCAAUUGUGAAAACCUACUGUAUAGGGACAUGUUUACUUUUUUUUUCUUUGCUUCUUUUGGUGCCUUUCAAAUGCAAUAAAUUAGCAGCCUGGAUUUUAAAACAAAAGGACAAGGAGACUGUCCCAUGAUGAGCUUCUUUCUACAGUAAAUAUUUUUUAUUUAGUUGGAGUGGUUUUGUUUAAAAUAUUUUAUGCAGACUCAUGAUAAACUAACAAGAUGGUUCAGACUGCAUUACCCACGAUCUACAGAUAGAGUCAAUUAUAGAAGUAAGGUGGUGCAGUAACAAACAUUAACUGAAUAGAUUUGCUUUUAAUAAAUUAAAUUACAUUGGUACUCCCAUUGAACUUCAUAUGUGGUUUGCAGUCUUGUAUUAUUAUCAUAAAUUAACCGAGCCCCUCCCCCCCUUUUUUUGAAGGGAGAAUGUUGUAAAAUACAAUACCAAACUUGAAAAUAUAAUUGCAUUAUUUUAUCAGGUUUUACUUUUUUUCCCUGAAAAUAACAAGUGAAACAAAUUACCAUCUUUCCUUGAACUUCAACAUAGGAUUUUUUUUCACUCUGGCUGUUAAAGUGUGCCUUUUGUCCCUAAAUAGUGACCUAGUUGCUUCUGCAUUUAGCAGAUAGUGUUCAUGGCCCUAAUCAGCAAGAAUCUCCUCUUCAUCUGGCAGUGUAAUGUCCCAGUUACAUUCUGUCCAUGAAGGGAUGAUACACAUCCAGAGUGGCUUCCAUUGCACAACCUGGAAUUGUGCUUGUUUGGCUUAUGCUCCAAGACGAGAUUCUUAGUAUGCUAAAAUAAAAUGCAGGAUUUGAGACUGGUUACACUUUGUUGGAGUUUGGGCAUAUUUCUCUAACAUGGAAGGAUACCUUACAAGUGGUCAGCUCUUGCCGGAAAAUAUCUGUAACAAACCUACUGCAGUGUAUCCAUAACCCCUACAUUCUUUUGUAUGAAGAACAUUCAAAGCAACUUUUGCCAUUUAUGUAGUACAUCUAGAUAGCCCUUCUAUUUAAAAAUAAAAUAGUUAAUUUUAAAUGAAGUGGCAUCUGAACUAAACCAUUGUUUUCUAAUAGAAUAGAAAUAUUCUACUUGGAUAAUGUUCAGACUUUUUAAAUUAAAAAGAUAUGUGUGUAUGCAUAUUUAUGGUUGCUAUUUAAAUUGCUAAAUAUUUUUAAUAAACCCACAUAGUUUGCAUUUAACGGAAAACAAUUAUAA